CUGGCAUUGGUGACGCUCGGAAUCGCCAUGACUUCGACUGCGUCCGUGGACUCCUUGGCAUCGGAGAGCUCCACUUCCAGCUACGGCAACAGCGCUGGGGGUGACAAUGCUGGAGAGCCGACUGUCCGACACAUUUUGCACUUUUCGGACGUGCACCUCAACAUCUCAGCGUCGCUGAACGCCAACGACUCGGCCACGAUUCCUGUUGCCUAUGGAGACGACGCGCCGACCAGUCUACUGGUGUCGGCGCUUGAGUACGCCAAGCAGUUGCUACCCGACCCGGACUUCUUCCUGUACACGGGCGACCAUGCCGUGCAUGGGGAACUUUCAGACGAAUACCUGGUUGAAGCUGUGGAGGAGAACGUGGGCAUUAUGGCCAAGCACUUCGAAGCCGCGGCAUUGGACAUCACGGCAAUUAUCGGCAAUGCGGACACAAGUCCUGACUACACGAUGAAUGUGACGGACCCGGAGACGGAGGAGAAUCCCAACAUCGCACUCAUAUCGAAAGCGUGGGAAGACACGAUGCCAAGUGCCAACCUCGACUGGUUCAAUCACUUCGGGUAUCUGGCCUACACUCUAGGCGACAAUGUGACUGUGAUAUCGCUCAACACGCUUCCGUACUCGCCUUAUCACUUGCCCGACACAUCGACGCUUCCGGAUCCGUUCGGGCAGUUCGAGUGGCUGAACGCGUCGCUGUCGGAGUUGAGAAGUACCGGGAAGCUGGCCUACAUCGUCGGCCACAUCCCUCCGAUCAUUGACUCGUAUGCAGGCGAGCCGAUGUGGAACGAGACGUACAUCAAAACGUACAAGCAGAUCGUCAGCCAGUACACGGACAUCAUCAAGGCGCAGCUCUUCGGUCACGUGCACAGCAUCGAGUUCCGCUUGCCCCUGUCCAGCGACCAGGUUGAGCAUUUCGAGCGGAAUGGAGUGACAGUCGACGCAGACUUCAACGACAGCGCGCAGUUGGUGCCGCUCUUCAUGGUGGCAGCCAUUUCGCCACUGUUCUUGAACAACCCGGCGUUUAUGAUCUGGGACUACGACGCCAACACUUACGACAUCCGCGAUUUCACGGUCUACGGUGGAAAUAUUUCUACCAGCACCCAGGACGUUGACUGGAAAGAACUGUUCAAGGCCAGCACCGAGUAC